CUCACUUGCUUUGCUAGUUGCUGCCGGAGCAGCCAUCACUCCUUAUAAUGAAAACCCAACUAGGUGGCCACUGCAAGCUAAAGAAAUUAAAAAUAUCACACAGCAUGGCAUUCCCAAACUCACAACACCCACCUCACGCCAUUCUUUUCGCUUACCCUACUCUGGGUCACGUAAUCCCCUCCGUCCAUCUCGCCAUCAAGCUCGUAUCGUGUGGCUUCGUCAUCACCUUCGUUAACACCUACUCCAUCCACCACCACACCUCCAGGGCAAGCUCUUCCCACCACAAGGAUGACAUCUUCGCCUCCUUCCGAGAUUCUGGCUUCGACAUACGCUACACCACCAUUUCUGAUGGCCUUACGGUGCAGUUCGACCGCUCCCUCCAUCAUGAGCAAUUUAUGCAAUCCAUGUUGCAUGUGUUCUCGGCUCACGUGGAAGAGCUCGUCGCCAAGCUUGUGAAGCAGUCUGUGCCGCCAGUCACGUGCUUGAUUACCGACACUUUCUUCGUGUGGCCGUCCUCAAUUGCCAAGAAGUUUGGCCUCCUCUAUGUUUCCUUCUAGACGGAACCCGCGUUGGUCUUCUCUCUCUACUACCACAUGAGCUUUCUCAGAAAGAAUGGUCAUUUUGCUUGCCAGGACACUCGCGAAGAUUUUAUUGAUUACAUAUCGGGCGUGAAAGCCAUCCAUCCCAAGGACACGAUGUCGUAUCUUCAAGAAAAGGACACAUCCACAGUGUGCCACCAAAUAAUAUUCAAGGCCUUCAUUGAAGUCACGGGUGCAGAUUUUGUUCUCUGCAAUACAGUUCAAGAGCUGGAGCACCACACCAUCUACGCUUUGCGAGCCUGUAUCCCGUUCUACGCCGUCGGACCUAUCUUCCCACUUGGCUUCACUAAGAGCACCGUGCCCACCAGCCUCUAGUUCGAAUCCGACUGUAGCCAAUGGCUCGAUUCCAAGCCUCAUGCCUCUAUCUUGUACAUUUCUUUCGGUAGCACUGUCCAUAUCGCCAAACGCGACCUCUUGGAGAUUGCUAACGGCCUUUUUUUGCUUACCAACGUCAAUUUUAUCUGGGUGCUCCGACCCGAUGUCGUGAGCUCCGAAGAUCAGCAUCCUCUGCCCGUUGGAUUUGAAGAGGCAGUUCGUGGCCGUGCGAUGAUCAUACCUUGGUGUAGUCAAAUCGAGGUGUUGACUCACUUGGCUAUCGGAGGGUUUUUGACUCAUUGCGGGUGGAAUUCGAUAUUGGAGUGCAUAUGGAGCGAGGUUCCUCUGCUGUGCUUCCCACUGUUGACUGAUCAGUUCACCAAUCGGAAGUUAGUGGUCGAUGACUGGGGGAUUGGGAUCAACUUGGGCGAUCGAUGUUGGCUGAUCAGGAAGGAGGAGGUGUCGGAGAAUGUGAGCCGCUUGAUGGAUGAGAAAUCGGGGGCAGAGUUCAAGAGUGCUGUAAGAGAGAUGAAGAAGACAUUGAAGGAUGCGUUGAUGACCAAUGGAUCUUCUAACAGAAAUAUGGAAUGCUUCAUCAGGGAUCUCGAGACCAAAGUCUGCAUCUCAUAGCAAAACACGUCCAAUGGUCACUGAUUACACAUGAAAGCAAUUUUCUUAGAUCUUGUUUAGUCGCGAGGGAAAAUUGGAGAGGUCCAUUUACCAGCAUGCAACACCUUUUUUGUGGGAGAAGCAAAUUAAAUUUCUUUAUCAAUAUAGCAUUCAACUCUUGUACAUGGAGUUGAAAUUUUUUUUGACUUUUUAGCUUUCGUCUUUCAAGGGGAAUUAGUAUCAA